AUGAAAUAUUCUUUUCUAAAUUCUAUAUUUUUGGUUUUAUCAGUGGUGUUUUUAUCUUUGACGGUUGAUGUUUAUGCUACAUCACAUGAUACACCACUUAAUCCACUUCAAAUUGAUUUAUUAAAAUAUGGACCACAGUCGGAUAAACCAACACAGUUGGCCUUUUCAAAUGUUUUAACAACUGCUCCGUUCCAGUUGGAAUGGACCAGUGCUGCAUUGGGAAGCAACGGACUAGAGUACCCGGUCGCACACGUUCUUCCAAUCAAAAAUGAUCCCAUCUAUCUUGGAAAUUUGAUUAUUAGAGGUGAUCCUCAAUUCAACAAUAACAACCUCUUGCAAUUCAUCGAUAGUCAACAAUUAAAUGCUCUCUUUCAAAUGAAAUGUACCAAUUGUAAAUUAACUGAUGGUUCAGAGAUUGCAUUUACAUUUGAAGGAUUAAUUGAUAAUGUAUGUUUGUUGAUUGGUGGUAUUGACGAUUAUGAUUUUGUUAAAGUGUCUGCAUCGUCGGGCACUAUGCCAUUAAAUAUGACUCGAUGGGAGAUUAUUGGUUUUGGAAGUUUGUCAGAGUCAGAGACAAACAAUGUCGGAAUGUAUCUUAGACAGGAUGACAAUGUACUCAAGUUUGGUAGUUUUGGUGAUGAUGCAGCCGUGCCUUCCUAUGUAUUAGUCAGACCAGGUGACGCCUUGGACCGCAUCAAACUGUCAUUCUCUACUUUUACUCAUUCCCAAUACGUAUUUUACAGUUUGCUCGAGUGUAAUAAUCCUGUGAUACCUACUACCACUGGUACCACCACCACUACCGGAGAUAUGUCAAGUACCACUGGAAGUAGCGAUACUACUGGCGACAUGUCGACUACAGGGAGGACUAGCGGGAUCGAAACGUCAACAACUACCGGAGAAAUGUCCUCUACGACCGGUGAACUAACUUCGACUACCGGAGAUAUGUCUACUACCUCUGGACAAACAAUCACCUCAUUUACCACUUACACUGGGGUUUCUAGUUCACAAUCGACCCAAACAGUCGGUAUGAGCACUUCACCAUCAACUGAGACGGUGACAGGUAUCAUUGGACAAACUGUAGCUGGUGUAACGACAUCUCCAUCAGGACAAACCGUUACUGGUAUAAUCGGUCAGGUCGCCUCAGGUGUUACCACUGCACCAUCAACUCAAACUGUUACUGGUAUAAUCGGUCAAACUGUGGCUGGUGUGACAACCUAUCCAUCAACUGAGACGGUGACAGGUAUUAUUGGUCAAACUGUAGCUGGUGUUACAACCCAAACCAUUACUGGGAUUAUUGGACAAGUAUCGACAGUAGCAGGUGUUACCACCUCACCAUCAGGUCAGACAGUAACCGGUAUCAUUGGACAAACUGUAGCUGGUGUCACAACAUCACCAUCAGGAGAAACUGUCACUGGUAUCAUUGGUCAGUCUGUUGGUGGUGUAACAGGAUCACCAUCAACUCAAACUGUCACUGGUAUUAUUGGUCAGUCUGUUGGUGGUGUAACAGGAUCACCAUCAACUCAAACUGUCACUGGUAUCAUUGGUCAGUCUGUUGGUGGUGUAACAGGAUCACCAUCAACUCAAACUGUCACUGGUAUUAUUGGUGGAACUGUAGCUGGUGUAACAACUCAAACAGCUGGAGUUAUUGGACAGUCUGUCGGUGGUGUAACUAUAUCACCAUCAGGAGAAACUGUCACUGGUAUCAUAGGUCAGUCUGUUGGUGGAGUAACAACUCAAACAGCUGGUAUCAUUGGACAGUCUGUUGGUGGUGUAACAACUCAAACAGCUGGGGUUAUUGGACAGUCUGUUGGUGGAGUAACAACUCAAACAGCUGGGGUUAUUGGACAAUCUGUUGGUGGAGUAACAACUCAAACAGCUGGAGUUAUUGGACAGUCUGUUGGUGGUGUUACAACUCAAACAGCUGGAGUUAUUGGUCAGUCUGUUGGUGGUGUAACAACUCAAACAGCUGGUAUCAUAGGUCAGUCUGUUGGUGGUGUUACAACUCAAACAGCUGGAGUUAUUGGUCAGUCUGUUGGUGGAGUAACUAUAUCACCAUCAGGAGAAACUGUCACUGGUAUCAUAGGUCAGUCUGUUGGUGGAGUAACAACUCAAACAGCUGGUAUCAUUGGACAGUCUGUUGGUGGUGUAACAACUCAAACAGCUGGGGUUAUUGGACAGUCUGUUGGUGGUGUAACAACUCAAACAGCUGGAGUUAUUGGACAAUCUGUUGGUGGAGUAACUAUAUCACCAUCAGGAGAAACUGUCACUGGUAUCAUUGGACAGUCUGUUGGUGGUGUAACAACUCAAACAGCUGGUAUCAUAGGUCAGUCUGUUGGUGGUGUAACAACUCAAACAGCUGGAGUUAUUGGACAAUCUGUUGGUGGUGUAACUAUAUCACCAUCAACUCAAACUGUCACUGGUAUCAUUGGACAGUCUGUUGGUGGUGUAACUAUAUCACCAUCAGGACAGACAGUAACCGGUAUUAUUGGACAAACUGUAGCUGGUAUCACAACAUCACCAUCAGGACAGACAGUAACCGGUAUCAUUGGUGGAACUGUAGCUGGUGUAACAACUCAAACAGCUGGAGUUAUUGGACAAUCUGUUGGUGGAGUAACUAUAUCACCAUCAGGAGAAACUGUCACUGGUAUCAUUGGUCAGUCUGUUGGUGGUGUAACAACUCAAACAGCUGGUAUCAUUGGACAGUCUGUUGGUGGUGUAACAACUCAAACAGCUGGUAUCAUUGGACAGUCUGUUGGUGGUGUAACAACUCAAACAGCUGGGGUUAUUGGACAAUCUGUUGGUGGUGUAACAACUCAAACAGCUGGUAUCAUAGGUCAGUCUGUUGGUGGUGUUACAACUCAAACAGCUGGAGUUAUUGGUCAGUCUGUUGGUGGAGUAACAACUCAAACAGCUGGAGUUAUUGGUCAGUCUGUUGGUGGUGUUACAACUCAAACAGCUGGAGUUAUUGGACAGUCUGUUGGUGGUGUAACAACAUCACCAUCAGGACAGACAGUAACCGGUAUCAUUGGUGGAACUGUAGCUGGAGUAACAACUCAAACAGCUGGAGUUAUAGGUCAGUCUGUUGGUGGUGUAACUAUAUCACCAUCAGGAGAAACUGUCACUGGUAUCAUUGGACAGUCUGUUGGUGGUGUAACUAUAUCACCAUCAGGACAGACAGUAACCGGUAUCAUUGGUGGAACUGUAGCUGGUGUUACUACAUCACCAUCAACUCAAACUGUCACUGGUAUCAUUGGACAGUCUGUUGGUGGUGUAACAACAUCACCAUCAGGACAGACAGUAACCGGUAUCAUUGGUGGAACUGUAGCUGGUGUUACUACAUCACCAUCAACUCAAACUGUCACUGGUAUCAUUGGUGGAACUGUAGCUGGUGUAACUACAUCGCCAUCAACGCAAACAGUCACUGGUAUUAUAGGCCAGUCUGUUGGUGGAGUAACAACUCAAACAGUUGGAGUUAUUGGACAAUCUGUUGGUGGUGUAACUAUAUCACCAUCAGGAGAAACUGUCACUGGUAUCAUUGGACAGUCUGUUGGUGGUGUAACAGGAUCACCAUCAACUCAAACUGUCACUGGAGUUAUAGGUGGAACUGUAGCUGGAGUAACAACUCAAACAGCUGGAGUUAUAGGUCAGUCUGUUGGUGGUGUUACUACAUCACCAUCAACUCAAACUGUCACUGGUAUCAUUGGUGGAACUGUAGCUGGAGUAACAACUCAAACAGCUGGAGUUAUAGGUCAGUCUGUUGGUGGUGUAACUAUAUCACCAUCAGGACAGACAGUAACCGGUAUCAUUGGUGGAACUGUAGCUGGAGUAACAACUCAAACAGCUGGGGUUAUUGGACAGUCUGUUGGUGGUGUAACAACUCAAACAGCUGGAGUUAUUGGACAAUCUGUUGGUGGAGUAACUAUAUCACCAUCAGGACAGACAGUAACCGGUAUUAUUGGUGGAACUGUAGCUGGUGUAACAACUCAAACAGCUGGAGUUAUUGGACAGUCUGUUGGUGGUGUAACUAUAUCACCAUCAGGAGAAACUGUCACUGGUAUCAUAGGUCAGUCUGUUGGUGGAGUAACAACAUCACCAUCAGGACAGACAGUAACCGGUAUCAUUGGUGGAACUGUAGCUGGAGUAACAACUCAAACAGCUGGAGUUAUAGGUCAGUCUGUUGGUGGUGUAACUAUAUCACCAUCAGGACAGACAGUAACCGGUAUUAUUGGUGGAACUGUAGCUGGAGUAACAACUCAAACAGCUGGGGUUAUUGGACAGUCUGUUGGUGGAGUAACAACAUCACCAUCAGGACAGACAGUAACCGGUAUCAUUGGUGGAACUGUAGCAGGUGUUACUACAUCACCAUCAACUCAAACUGUCACUGGUAUUAUUGGUGGAACUGUAGCUGGUGUAACUACAUCGCCAUCAACGCAAACAGUCACUGGUAUCAUUGGUGGUGGUGGAUCAGUCAGUGGCGUAGGAGUUACACAAAACUCUAUCGGACAAAGUGUUUCUGGUGGCCAAGUGACCACCUCUCAAUCGAUUGGAUCAUUCAUUGGAGGCUCCGGGGUAGCCUCGGGUGGAGUACUGGCUGGAUCAUUAGGUCAAGUUACAACUGCCAACACUAUUGGCUCUUUUAUCGGUGGUUUUGGAACCACAACACCAAAGACUACUACUAAUUCACAAUCAUCGACAACGACGACGCAAUCCAUCACAGGUGGAACAACUCCUCCAUCCCAAUCGAUUACAGGAAUUAUAGGUGGCACAGCUCCUCCACAAUCUCAAUCUAUUACCGGUAUUAUUGGUGGAACAGCUCCUCCCCCCUCCCAAUCGAUUACAGGAAUUAUUGGUGGCACAGCUCCUCCACAAUCUCAAUCUAUUACCGGUAUUAUUGGUGGAACAGCUCCUCCCCCCUCCCAAUCCAUCACAGGAAUUAUUGGUGGCACAGCUCCUCCUCCUCCAUCCCAAUCGAUUACCGGAAUCAUCAGAGGUUCAUUUUAA